AUGUGGGUUUUGGAUGCUUUGUCUAAGCACAAGCACACAAUGGUGUGUACAUCUGUAUGUUUAUUCUACUUCUUUUCUGUUUUAUAUAUUGCACUCCAUCACAUUGCCACUGUGGGGAAGUUGGCUAUUACUAGCAUGGUCUGUCCCCUGAUUUUCCACUGUAAGAAUUUCUGGUUGGCCCACUUUGUUUCAAACUCUGAUCUUGUGUGCCAUGAAGUUUACAUUUCACUUCUCAAGCUAUUUCAGCCACCAUUACCUGAAGGUCUUUAUGUUUUUUCUUAUAAUCCCAAAUCCUCAAAAGAGACAAGGGAAAGUGGAUGGAAACUGAUUGACCUAAUAUCAGACUUUGAGCAAAUGGGAAUACCUAAUAUAGGUACUGGAGUAUAACAGUUAUCAACAGAAACUGAGGUAUUCAGGACCUACCCUCCUGAAAUAGUAAUUCUUAAAUCUGUUACAUUCGGAACAGUGAUUAGAAGUUCAGAGUACAGAAGUAAAGAAUGUAUCCCUGUGCUCUCCUACCUUUAUAAAGAGAAUAAUGCUGCCAUUUGCCACUGUAGCCAGACUCUGUUUGGAUUUUCUACUUGCUGCAUAAAUGACGAGCUCUUGUUAGAUGCCAUUAGCCAAACAAAUUCUGGGAGCCAGUUUAUGUAUGUUGUAGACACAAGAUCAAAGAGAAGUGUCCCCUAUUUUCACCCUGUUCCCUGUGCCUUUGAGUUUAAUGAAGACUUCUUCCUGGAGAUCCAUGACUAUGUUUUCUCUUGGCCCUUUGGAAAUUUUCUUGGAAACUGCCACAAGAAUUGGGAAGACCUAAGGUAAAUUCAGUUUAAUACACAUUCAAUGUGGCCUUUCUGGGUUCACAGAAAACUAGACUUUAGAAAUUCUCUCUAUAAAGGCUUCACUAGGUAUGAGGCUCUCAACCCCUCCACCCCUCCAUAUUGAUAAAAGCUUUGUUUCUGGUUCUGAUGUGAGAUGUAUAUCCACUUUGACAAAGGGCUACAUCCCAAACAGAAUAUUUUAGAGACUCUUUUGGAAAUUAAGAAAGAAAAAAUGUUGGAGGCAGAUAAACAUGAACUAGAAAGAGAGGAGGAAGCUUAUGAUGAGCCAUCAGAAGAGGUCCGUACUUGCUCUCAGUUGGGGAAUUUAUUAUCCCAACAUCUGGGAAGGCCUUUGCCCAAUCCUCUUGGCUUUAUGGGUAUUGACGGAGACUUAAAUACCUUGAUGAAGAAUAGCACCUGGUCCAAGGAAGAAGGCCUCUGAGCUCAGAUGGAUCAAGUAAAAAGCCAGGGUACAGACCUCCACUAUAACUGCUAUGUGAAUAUCUCUGAGGUCACUGGUAUCCUGGGAAACAUGGAUAUUUUUGCAGCCAAGAGCUUCUCUAGAAAUAUGGACAUCUCUAGAAACACAGCUAUCUCUGAGACCAGGUGCUUUUCUGGAGGCAUGAGUUUCUUUGAGUGCAUGGGCAUCACUGAAAACACAAGUAUAGGGAAAAGGAAUGGGGGCUUUACCAUAGACUUCUGCAGUAAGUCUACAGUCUCCUGUGAGCCAGUAUAA